GCAAGAAUACAGGUGGGCGGCUCCAACCGUUAUACUGCAAAUAAAUUUUUAAUAUCAAUUUAAGUUUAACCUAGAUUAAAUGUGUAGUAUUAAAAGUUUACGGUUGUUCGUUAUUCCAUAAUUUUUGGGUUAGCUUAAAUUUUAAGAGAGAGAGAAAACUUUUAAAUACUGAUAUUGUAUGUAACUUUCACGUUUUCUUUGUGCUUUAACCCUUUUGCGGUAGCGGGACGCAAACUACAGUGCCUUGAAUCAAAAGUCUCAUACGCCUAAAACUGAGCAGCGCUUGACCCCAGAGUCUACGUAGUUUAUAGGACUGAGUUUUCGUUACUCCAUCGUACAUUGAAAGGUGAACAUUUUAUUAAAUCAGACAGUUAUCUAAUAACAAAAUUAAUGAAAUAAUUCAGACGAGCUGGCUUAUUAAAAUUACCGCCUUGGUUUAUAUGUAUUGAACGAGACGGGAAGUAGCUCCUCGCGCAUGCUGUAAAGCAUCUAAAAGUUCUAAACAUUCAUUUGUACUAAUAAACUACUAUUUCCCACAUAGGAAUUUCGGUAUUAUGCAGGCAGAGAAGACAACAUGAGUGCAUCGUGGUUCAAGAACCUUCUGGGCAUGAAGGUAACUGACGAGGAGAUGCAGAACAUUCCCUACCCAUCCUUUGAACUAGGUAUUCACAUAACCAUGAAGGAUGUGCAAGCUUUCACCAUUUUAGGAAUGGGUAUUAUUGGCCCACUAGUGGCAGUAGUCAGAGGUCAUCGUUCUGCAGGAAAUCUGCGACAAGCAGCUUUGAAUGGUGGCAAAUAUGGGGCAGCUACUGGCUUAGUUGUAGGACCUCUCAUGACUUAUGGACGCAUCAGAAAUUUAGAACAAGAUGGUAUAUUCGAUCGUUGCUACAGAUUGCGUCAUAAUGAGGGUCAAGUAAGGGUUGACCGCUUGUCAAUAUUUGGUGGACUAGGAGGAACUGGUCUUGGAGUAGCAAUGGGCCAUGGAGCUCUGUCAGGUGGCUUGGUUGGCAUGACUGCUGGAGUACUAGUGGGAGGUGUUUAUAAUAAUUUUAUUAAAAAUAAGUUAUAAGAAAGUUAUAAUCCACUGCCAUUAUAAUGCACCCUUGUGUAAUACCUUAACAUUGAUUUGUUUAAAUUUGAAAAUAGAAUUACUUGAUUAUAUUGACAUUGAUGUUUUAUAAAAUAGUGUGUCUAAAAUCUAGUUUCUUACAGAUUUGGAAAAAUAUUUUACUGUUAUUAUUAAAGAAUAUUGCUGAAAACAAUCAAAAUUUUA